UUUAUCAUGAAAAUAUAACUUUUAUUAUGUACAAUAUGGUGUUUAUUAUGUAUGUAUGUUGUCUGAAAGCCUAUUUGUUCAGCGCUGAUAUUUCCUAAGUGCGCUCGCGCUCCAUCACGUGAACUGCACCUGGAAAGGAAUGCGCGCGCCUAAGUUAUUCGCGCCUCAGAUAUUUGCGCCUCAGUUAUUCGCGCUCAGAGAUGAUGAGAGGAUUCUCAGAGACCCCUUCCUUUACUUUUGUGUGCGUUUUAUGAAAAACAACAGAUACACUUGCAAACUUGUAUAUUGGCAUCCUGGUCUGUGAAAUAAAAGGAUGAUAAAGGAUUCUCUGGCCGGAAUCUUUCUGUAGUGUUCCCAUCCUACAAAGAACCACUAGUCCAUACUUUACAUUGGUCCUUCGAGCCGGAGCUAGGGUUUUCCUCGACACUAUGGAGUCAUCAACUGAAGGUCAGCAGCUGGAGUCAUUGGAUCGACCCAAGAGAGAAACCCGUCCACCUGCACAUUUGGCCCAGUACGAAGUCACUCUUCUGCCCUCUCAACAGCCUGUGGUCCAAACCUCCUCUACGCCUGUAGGACAACCAGACCAGGCUCAGUCAACCAGGGCUAGGAGUUUGACAAGUUAUCGGUCAGCUACACAGUCACGACGGUCCUCUCGGUUAUCUUACGGACUCCAUCUGUUUCGAAGUACGUCUGAUAUACAAGAAGCGGCUUUAGAGGAGGAGAUCAAAGGAUUGGAGCUAGCUGAUCUGCAACAGGAAAUAGAAGAAGAAAGGAAAGCUGACUUAGAAGCAGCAGCAUUGGAUGCACAAGCCAGAGAAGGACAGCGACUACAGGAGGAAGCACAUUUGGCUAAAGAGAGAAUAGCUAGAGAAAUGGGGAGACGCAGGCGCUUGAAGAAACUCGAGAAGGAGGUACACAUUGCCAGUCUUGUAAAGACCUACCUGACAGGGACGAACAAUGAAUCAUUGUCUACGUCAGCUCCUGCUGUAUUCUCCAAGUUACCUCUGUCAUCACCAUUGACUCAACAGCCACCUCUGGUGCCAUCGGUUCCCAUGCAGUACCCACCUGUACAGCAACCAAAUCUAGCGCCAGUUCAGGUAGCAUCUUCCUCCACUGUUCCUUAUCAGGUAUUGGCACCAUCUGCUAGUCCCGUCACAAGUGCCCAAAUCAGUGUUCCUGUUAGCACAGCACCGAUUGCAGUACCAGUCUCUGUACUUCCAUCUGCGCCCGUCUCAUUUGCUCCCAUUCCCUCCAUGGUAACUACUCAGGAAGGUGGAGUGUUGCCGAUGACAAGAUCUUCUGUCACAACUAGUCUCCCGUCUCAGUACCAAGGGGCUCCAACUACCAGUACAAGUUUCAUAAUGGCACCACCACCUCCUACAGCUGCAUCACCAGUUCAGAUGACAUCACCAUGGACUUACCCGGGUAUGGAGACCUUGAUUGCUACAUCUUAUGGCAUUCCCAAACCGACACUUCCUUUUUUCGAGAGUGGCAAAGAAAGUGAUUUUGCACUUUUGAAGAUGGCGCUUGACAACUUGAUGAAUAGUCACCCUCAUCUCAGCGAGCACUAUAAAUACCAAGUUCUCCUGGGCCAGCUCAAACUUCAGAGUGCUCUGCAGUUGGCCAAAUCAUACAUGUAUGACCCUGCACCGUAUACAGCAGCAUUGGGGGCUCUGCAAGAUAAAUAUGGCCAGCCAAGACAAUUGGUGCAAAGUGAACUUGGGGCAAUCCUCAACUCCCCAGCCAUUAAGUCAGGAGACGCAGAUGCAUUUGACUCCUUUGCCCUCUCGGUGCAGUCGCUUGUCGGUAUGCUACGCACUUUAGAGGGACCGGUUGGAUACGAGCUCAAGUGUGGUUCCCAUGUUGACCGUCUUUUAAGCAAAAUGUCUCCUUCCUACAGAGAUGGAUUUGUGGAAUAUUGUCUCGUUCGCGGCAUACUACAGCCAGGUUCAGAACUCACCUACUCCUUGCCCGACCUCGCUGCAUGGCUCCAGAUGAAGGCUUAA